UUUGUCUUUUUUAGUUUCUUCCAAAUAUAAGGAAAAAUAGAGAAAUCUCUACACUUCUGUUAUUUUCCUUGUAUGAGAGAAAAAAAGAAAGAAGAAGAAGGGAGAGACAAGAAUGUGGCUACCGAAAACAGAUGCGACAAGUAAAGGAAAAAAAAGUGGUUCAGUGGCUGUUGCAAUAGACAAUGACAAAACUAGCAAAAUUGCUCUCAAAUGGACAUUGGAGAAUCUUACUACUCGUGGCCAAACUCUUGCUCUUAUUCAUGUCGCUCCCAAAUCUCAAUCCUCUUCAGGUUACUUUAUAUCCACAUUAAUUAAGGAAUGGUUUUGCUCAAUGAGUUUAAGUUUUUUUACUUUUGUGAGAGUUGCAGACAUUGAAGACGGAACAAUGCAUAUGCAGCACAUGGAUAAGCAAACAAAAGAUCUCUUUGUAUCUUUCCAUUGUUACUGCAGCCGUAAAGAAAUCCAAUGUCUGGAUGUAUUGCUUGAAGACGUAGACAAAGUCAAAGCUAUUGUGGAAUAUGUUACAAUUUCUGCGAUCGAGAAUUUGGUACUUGGUGCUCCUUCAAGAAGUAGCUUUAUGAGAAGAUUCAAAACGGAUUUACCAACGAGUGUUUCAAAGGCAGCUCCAGAUUUCUGCAAUGUUUACGUCAUUUCCAAAGGCAAAGUCUCUUCCUUACGAAGCUCCUCUCGUCCUGCUCCUUACCAUCCAUCAGUUCUCAGCGACUUUGACUUUGAGAAUAAACCUAAAAUAGCUAACACACCGGCAUCUCCUAGGCCACGAAGAUCAGUUGAUAAAAGGUUUACAAAACCACCACAAGGACAUAUGAAACUAAUUGGGGACUUCUCAGAUUCAGAGUCCGAGUAUUCAUUCAUAAGUGCUUCACAUCAAGGAUCAGAAAACUCCUUUAUCAGCUCGGGGACGCCGAGUAGUGCAGAUAGGUGUUCUUUUUCAUACGAUUUACCUGACUCAGCAAGAACAUCAAGAAUGUCAACUAGCUCAGAGCAGAGCAUAGGGUCACAUAGAUUAGGAAUCAAUUUUACUGAUUUGGGUUUUCUGAAUAACUCUUCCACGGUUUCUGAGGAGAGUGGAAGAACUUCUUGCUCUUACUCAUCUCAGAGCUUGGAUGAUGUCGAAUCUCAGAUGAGGAGACUGCGUUUAGAGCUAAAACAAACCAUGGAUAUGUAUAGCUCAGCUUGUAAAGAAGCUUUAACCGCAAGGCAAGAGGCGACAGAACUGAAAAAUCUGAGGUCAGAAGAAGAAAGAAGAAUGGAAGAAUUAAAGAUGACAGAGGAGACAGCAAUGUCAAUGGUGGCAAAUGAGAGAGCAAAGGUUAAAACUGCUAUGGAAGCUGCUGAAGCUGCAAACAGGCUUGCGGAAGCAGAAGCAAAGAGAAGACUAAACGCAGAGAUGAAGGUGCUGAAAGAAAGUGAUUCUUUCUCUGGACAGAGCAUCGUUCGAUACAGAAAAUACACUGUUCAUGAAAUCGAAGAAGGAACUGAUAAUUUUGCAGAAUCAAGAAAAGUAGGAGAAGGAGGGUAUGGUCCUGUGUUUAGAGGUCAUCUUGAUCACACAAGUGUUGCUGUUAAGGUGUUACGUCCUGACGCUGCUCAAGGAAGAUCACAGUUUCACAAAGAGGUUGAAGUACUAAGUUGCAUAAGGCAUCCAAACAUGGUGCUUCUUUUAGGAGCAUGUCCAGAAUAUGGCAUCCUCGUCUACGAAUACAUGGCCAGAGGAAGCUUAGACGACCGUUUGUUCAGACGCGGAAACACGCCUCCCAUUUCUUGGCAACUACGUUUCAGAAUCGCUGCUGAGAUAGCCACAGGUCUCCUCUUCUUACACCAAACCAAACCAGAACCCAUUGUCCACAGAGACUUGAAACCAGGAAACGUCCUCCUCGACCAAAACUACGUCAGCAAGAUCAGCGACGUCGGGCUUGCAAGACUCGUCCCAGCCGUAGCAGAGAACGUGACACACUACCGAGUCACAUCAGCCGCAGGAACGUUCUGUUACAUCGACCCUGAGUAUCAACAAACAGGAAUGUUAGGUGUGAAGUCUGAUGUUUAUUCACUGGGAAUCAUGCUUUUGCAGCUUUUGACUGCUAAACAGCCAAUGGGUUUAGCUUAUUAUGUGGAACAAGCUAUUGAAGAAGGGAAGUUUAAAGAUAUGCUUGAUCCUGAAGUACCGGACUGGCCAUUUGAGGAAGCUUUGUGUCUUGCUAAGUUAUCGUUACAAUGUGCUGAGUUGAGAAGGAAAGAUAGGCCUGAUCUUAGUAAAGAAGUGAUGCCUGAGCUUAAUAGACUUAGAGAGAUGGGUGAAGAGAGUCUUGAGAGUGUGUUUUUUGCUGGUCAUGGACGGAUGUCACAUCCUAGCCAAGUCUCUUAUACAUCGGUAAGCUUUUGUAUUUAAUUUGUAGACACUGAAUCAGAUUUGGUUAUAUAUCUGUAUGAUGUUUGAUUUAUUGUUGUGGGGAGUUGCAGGAAGGUAGGAGUGCUCCUUUUAUAUCAAAUCCAGGAUCUUCUAUAUCAAACUCAUAGUUUCGAGAAC